GCAAACAGCCGGGUCCGGCUUGGGCGUCAAGGACAUGCAGGCGUUUAUCAACGGCAGCGCCCCCAUGCUGCCGACGUCGGCUUCCAUAAGUACAGCUAACGCCUCUGACGUAGGUGACCCCACCCAGGACACGGCAUUGGACGCACUCUUGACCAUCGACUACGAUGUGGUGGGGAAUUUGAGUGGAGAAGCCUGGAUGAAGUAUUCGUGUGCAUCAUUUGAGGUAGGUAGGGCUCUGGUAGAGUCAGUGAGGUAGGUCUUAGAUAGAGUCAGUGAGGUAGGUUCCUGGUAGAGUCAGUAAGGUCACUGACAUAUUCAGUGAGGUAGGUCACUGACAGACUAAGUGAGGUAGGUAUGUUUCUUUUAGAGUCAGUGAGGUAGCUAUGCGUAUGAUAGGGUCAGUGAGGUAGGUCUCUGUUAAAGUCAAUGAGGUAGGUAACUGUUAGAGUCAGUGGGGUGGUAAUAUCUCUGUUAUAGUCAAUGAGGUAGGUAACUGUUGGAGUCAGUGGGGUGGUAUUAUCUCUGUUAGAGUCAUUGAGAUAGACUGUGAGAAUCAAUCUUUUAGAGUCGGUGAGGUAGAUCUGUUAAAGUCAGUGAUGUGGGCAGCUUUUUGUCAGAGUCAUGAGGUAGGUCACUUUUAGAGUAAGUGAGGUAGGUUUCUGUCGGAGUCAGUUAGGUAGGUCUCUGUUCAAGUCAGUGAAGUAGGUAGCUCACCUGUCAAAUUUAAUGAGCUAUAGUUUUGUUAUAUUCAGUGCGUAAGGACGUUUUUAUGCUAGCAUGAGUAAGAUAGAUCGAUUUACAAUUAGUGAGGUAUUUAGCAUUGUGUUCCAGCUAGUAACCAAAUGUGGCCCGGUUAUUAGAUUUAGUUUAGAAUAACCAAAUGUGGGCCGGCUAUUACAGCUAGUCUAAAAUAACCAAAUGGGGGCCGGCUAUUACAGCUAUUGUAAUGCAAUUUAGGUUUUAAAAUUAAAACUACAUUGAAAAACUUGCUCCUUUUGGUUUCAGAGACCAAGUGGCUUUCUAAAGAAUAUUCUAGAACCUAUCAUCUGCGGCUGUGGCAUAGUGGGUAUAAUCCUGACGAUGGUUGUCCUGAGUAGGAAGACCAUGUGUACGUCCACCAACUGUUACCUCAGUGCCUUGGCCGUAGCUGACCUCCUGUUCCUACUGCUCUUGUCAUCUAAGAUACUGGUGGAUCAACUGGCGGACUGCAGCUUUCUGAAGGACAGCGAGGGGGCAAUGUUUGAAGUAUACUCAAGUAAGUGAGAGGGGGCGAUGAUUGAAGUAUAUUCAUGUAAGUUGUGGGGCAAUGUUGCACUGCACCCUGAUUUAUCUGGCACUGACCAUGACCCACGAUUAUUUCAGGUUUUUCAAGGGGGGGGGGGGGGGGGUCAAAAACCAAAACUGGGUCGGCUUGUUAAGUUGUUUAUUAAUAGAGGCGCUACAGUACAUAGUAAUUAAAAAAUAAAACCUUCAAAGUCAAGGGGCGCAAAUAACACUUCAAGUAACGCCCACAGCUAGCCAUUGUAGCCUUAUUUAACACUUCAAGUAACGCCCGCAGCUAGCCAAUGUAGCCUUAUUUAACACUUCAAGUAACGCCCGCAGCUAGCCAUUGUAGCCUUAUUUAACACUUCAAGUAACGCCCGCAGCUAGCCAUUGUAGCCUUAUUUAACACUUCAAGUAACGCCGCAGCUAGCCAUUGUAGCCUUAUUUAACACUUCAAGUAACGCCCGCAGCUAGCCAAUGUAGCCUUAUUUAACACUUCAUGUAACGCCCGCAGCUAGCCAAUGUAGCCUUAUUUAACACUUCAAGUAACGCCCGCAGCUAGCCAUUGUAGCCUUAUUUAACACUUCAAGUAACGCCCGCAGCUAGCCAAUGUAGCCUUAUUUAACACUUCAAGUAACGCCCGCAGCUAGCCAAUGUAGCCUUAUUUAACACAACUUGUGUCUUCUGUCCGCUCGCCAGUUAUAUUCAUGGACAUCUUCCAGUACUUGACCGUGGUGGUCACCGUCAUGUUGGGCGUGGAGCGCUACAUCGCCAUCUGCCACCCCAUGAGGGCGAUGACCAUUUGUACGGUGAGUGACCAUAAGGCCUUAACGUCUUUGAUACUUCUUUGAACGUCUUUGCUACUUGAACUUAAAUAAGGCAACUUAUAAAUAAUUUAAAAACAUUUUUUUUCAUCAAUCUGAUUUUAAAUUCAAAACUAUAAAGACAUUCAGUGACUUUGAAAAUUGAGAACUUGAGAACUACUUUUUAAAAAAUACACGACUGAUCAACAUUGAUGAUUCAGGGGCGGCACUUAUUGUAAUGUUUGUUUUUGCCUAUGACCCUUCCAACUUCCUUAGGCCGGGGCUGCACGUAUCGAGGCCACACAGCAAGCAGUUGGUGUGACUAUAAAUACAUCACAGCAAGCAGUUGGUGUGACUAUAAAUACAUCACAGCAAGCAGUUGGUGUGACUAUAAAUACAUAACGCAGGAGGACCACAUUUCACCACUCGCCGCUUAUUUAAUCUUGAUUCCGGUCUAUUCUUGGUGACACUCACUUAAGCUGAUAUCGGGGCGCAGAGCUGACCAAUUGACGGCAGGCUCCCGAGGUGCCGCGACUAAUACAAUCUAGGCUGUGCACUUGACAAAAGCCAGAUGGACCAAAUACAAUUUCAAGCACUUCCCUCCCCAACAGCCCUCGGCGGGCCAAGUAGUGGCCUCUAUCGGUGAAAGAGUUAUUUUAGAGUCUUGAUGACGAGUAGGGGCGCUAAUCCAAUAAGUACCCUAGUCUCUUGGGUACACUUUUUUUUUAGGUGGUGUAUGGGACGGGGGUGGGGUGGGGGUGUCAUUUUUCCAACAAAGGGUCGUAACAAAGCCUGACUUUAGGCACCUCUUCGCAAAAAAAAAAAAAAGAUAAAAUAAAUAUAUAUCAACAUGGUUUGCAAGAAAAUAAAGUUUUUUUUCUUACAUGGAAGAUGGCGCCAGGUUAAGGUGUCCACUUCAGGGUCCCUUCGCACGGCCAAGGUUCCUAAGUUAAAGUUCACCGCGUUGCCAUUUAAAAUAACUCAAGUAAAAAAAAUGUAUUAAAGCGAGUGGCUUUUAUGAGUGGAACUAUUAGCAUUUAUUAGUGAAGUAUUAGCUUUUUAUCAGUGAAACUAUAUAUGCCCCUGCAUCGAUCUCCACAUAUUGAAUCUGCCCCUGCGACGAUCUCCACAUAUUAAAUCUGCCCCUGUUUGGAUCUCCUCAUACUGAAUCUGCCCCUGUUUGGAUCUCCACAUAUUGAAUCUGCCCCUGCAUGGAUCUCCACAUAUUAAAUCUGCCCAUGUUUGGAUCUCCACAUAUUGAAUCUGCCCCUGUUUGGAUCUCCACAUAUUAAAUCUGCCCCUGUUUGGAUCUCCACAUAUUAAAUCUGCCACUGCUUGGAUCUCCACAUAUUGAAUCUGCCCCUGUUUGGAUCUCCCCAUAUUGAAUAUGCCCCUGCUUGGAUCUCCCCAUAUUGAAUCUGCCCCUUCUUGGAUCUCUACAUAUUGAAUCUGCCCCUGCUAGGAUCUCCACAUAUUGAAUAUGCCCCUGUUUGGAUCUCCCCAUAUUGAAUCUGCCCCUGCUUGCAUCUCCCCAUAUUGAAUCUGCCCCUGCUUGGAUCUCCCCAUAUUGAAUCUACCCCUGCUUGGAUCUCCACAUAUUGAAUCUGCCCCAUCUUGGAUCUCUACAUAUUGAAUCUGCCCCUGCUUGGAUCUCCACACAUUGAAUCUGCCCCUGCUGGGAUCUCCCAAAAUUGAAUCUGCCCCUGCUUGGAUCUCCCCAUAUUGAACCUACCCCUGCUUGGAUCUCCACAUAUUGAAUCUGCCCCUGCUAGGAUCUCCCCAUAUUGAAUCUGCCCAUGUUUGGAUCUCCACAUAUUGAAUCUGCCCUGCUUGGAUCUCCCCAUAUUGAAUCAGCCCCAGCUUGGAUCUCCCCAUAUUGAAUCUUCAACUAAAUUUAUAUACAAUGUCAUUGUCAUGUAACGUAAUGUCAUUAUACACUUGGUAUAUAAAUCAAUUGAAGUUUCAAUAAUGACAUUACCCAAUGCUAUGUUGAUUUAAUGGAUUGGAUUUUGUUUUUCCUAUUUCCAUUGUUUCUGUGAUGUUUGUAGGAGCACGGAAGACAGGGAUAUCUAUCACACCCAAAUAAGAGAAAUCCAGAAUAUCUAUCACACCAAAAUAAGGCACAUCCAGAAUAUCUAUCAAACCUAAAUAACGGACAUCCAGAAUAUCUAUCACACCAAAAUAAGGGACAUACAGAAUAUCUAUCACACCUAAAUAACGGACAUUCAGAAUAUCCAUCACACCUAAAUAACGGACAUCCAGAAUAUCUAUCACACCAAAAUAAGGGACAUACAGAAUAUCUAUCACACCUAAAUAACGGACAUCCAGAAUAUCCAUCACACCUAAAUAACGGACAUCCAGAAUAUCUAUCACACCUAAAUAACGGACAUCCAGAAUAUCUAUCACACCCAAAUAACGGACAUCCAGAAUAUCCAUCACACCUAAAUAACGGACAUCCAGAAUAUCUAUCACACCUAAAUAAGGGACAUCCAGAAUAUCUAUCACACCCAAAAAACGGACAUCCAGAAUAUCCAAUACACCUAAAUAAAGGACAUUCUGAAUAUCUAUCACACCUAAAUAACGGAAAUCCAGAAUAUCUAUCACACCUAAACAACGGACAUUCAGAAUAUCUAUCACACCUAAAUAUCGGACAUCCAAAAUAUCCAUCACACCUAAAUAACGGACAUCUAGAAUAUCUAUCACAUCAAAAUAAGGGACAUCCAGAAUAUCUAUCACACCAAAAUAAAGGACAUCCAGAAUAUCUAUCACACAUAAAUAAGGGACAUCCAGAAUAUCUAUCACACCUAAAUAACGGACAUCCAUAAUAUCUAUCACAUCAAAAUAAGGGACAUCCAGAAUAUCUAUCACACCAAAAUAAAGGACAUCCAGAAUAUCUAUCACACAUAAAUAAGGGACAUCCAGAAUAUCUAUCACACCUAAAUAAAGGACAUCCAGAAUAUCUAUCACACCUAAAUAAGGUACAUCCAGAAUAUCCAUCACACCUAAAUAAAGGACAUCCAGAAUAUCUAUCACACCUAAAUAACGGACAUCCAGAAUAUCUAUCACACCUAAAUAACGGACAUCCAGAAUAUCUAUCACACCUAAAUAAGGGACCACCAGAAUGUCUAUCACACCUAAAUAAAGGACAUCCAGAAUAUCUAUCACACCUAAAUAACGGACAUCCAGAAUAUCUAUCACACCUAAAUAAAGGACAUCCAGAAUAUCUAUCACACCUAAAUAAAGGACAUCCAGAAUAUCUAUCACACCUAAAUAAAGGACAUCCAGAAUAUCUAUACCACCUAAAUAAAGGACAUACAGAAUAUCUAUCACACCUAAAUAAAGGACAUCCAGAAUAUCUAUCACACUUAAAUAACGGACAUCCAGAAUAUCUAUUACACCAAAAUAAGGGACAUCCAGAAUAUCUAUCACACCUAAAUAACGGACAUCCAGAAUAUCUAUCACACCUAAUUAAAGGACAUCCAGAAUAUCUAUCACACCUAAAUAAAGGACAUCCAGAAUAUCUAUCACACCUAAAUAAGGGACAACCAGAAUAUCUAUCACACCUAAAUAACUGACAACCAGAAUAUCUAUCACACCUAAAUAACGGACAUCCAGAAUAUCUAUCUCGCUUAAACCGCCAUGCCCUUCCAUAAAGUUCAAGUUUCCUUCGAGUUAAAACUAUCCUAACGCAUCAGUUCCUCCAAGGUAAACGAAGAGGAACUCCUAAUCUUUCCUACCUGACACGCCCUUGACCUCUAUCAAGUCCGUAUACCUAUUGUUCCACUCUCCAGGUCAAGCGAGCACGCGUCAUCAUCGUGGCCCUGACCAUUUGUUCCUUCAUCCUCAUGUCCCCCAAGUUCCUGGACCUCAAAGUGGACUACACGCCCUUGGCAACAGGAGGGAACAAGCUCGUUGUGUCGUACAUGUAUCUGUAUGACAACAGAGCUUACACUUACAUAGUGACAGGUCAGUGUAUGACAACAGAGCUUACACUUACAUAGUGAAAAGUGAGUGUAUGUCAACAGAGCUUACACUUACAUAGUGACAGGUGAGUGUAUGACAACAGAGCUUACACUUACAUAGUGACAGGUGAGUAUAUGACAACAGAGCUUACACUUACAUAGUGAAAAGUGAGUGUAUGACACCAGGGCUUACACUUACAUAGUGACAGGUGAGUGUAUGACAACAGAGCUUACACUUACAUAGUGACAGGUCAGUGUAUGACAACAGAGCUUACACUUACAUAGUGACAGGUGAGUGUAUGACACCAGGGCUUACACUUACAUAGUGACAGGUCAGUGUAUGACAACAGAGCUUACACUUACAUAGUGACAGGUCAGUGUACGAGAACAGAGCUUACACUUACAUAAUAACAGGUCAGUGUGUGACAACAGGGCUUACACUUACAUAGUGACAGGUGAGUGUAUGACAACAGGGCUUACACUUACAAAGUGACAGGUGAGUGUAUGACAACAGAGCUUACACUUACAUAGUGACAGGUAAGUGUAUGACAACAGGCGUACACUUACAUAGUGACAGGUCAGUGUUUGAAAACAGGGCUUACACUUACAAAAUGACAGGUCAGUGCGGUUACACAUAGUUGCCAGCCAUCACAAGUAACAUGUGAAAAAAUUUUGAUCUUAAAUGGAAUCCCAUGAUGAAAUGGUUUCGUUUCGUCUUGUGGAUAACAACACUAAUUCAAAAUACGUCCUUUAAGUUGUAAGACGUUCUAACAUCAACACGUAUUCAAAAUCCAUUCGUUAAGUUAUAAGAUGUUCUAACACCGGGGAAAAUGUGUGUUUGACCAGGUCUCCUGCUGACCAUGCUGCCGCUCAUCACUCUGAUGGCGCUCAACUUCCGGCUCAUCCUGGAGAUCCGCCGGUCGUCUCGCUACCUGCAGUACCACCUGGGCACGGACUGGCACGUGCGGUCUGUGGUGUCCAAGGAGGAGCUGAAGAUCACCAUGAUGCUGGUCAGCGUCAUCAUCGCUUUCUUCGCCUGCCACGCCCCCUACAUGGUGUACAGGUCAGUUCACAUCCGGGGUAUCUUUAAACUAAUGUCACUAGAGGCACCCAAGUCACAAAUAUAUUGCAAGACACAGACAAGCUACACAUAGUGUACUGGGCAUUUGCAAGUUACAGAUGUGUUACUAGACAUACACCUGUCACAAAUAUAUUGAUACACACACUCAAGUCAAAAAUUGGUUGCUAGACAAAUGCAAAUCACAAAUAUGUUGAUACACACAUGCAAGGCAAAAAUAUGUUGCUAUACAUACGCAAGUCACGAAUAUGUUGUUAGACACAUGCAAGUCACAAAUAUGUUUGCUAGACACAUGCAAGUCACGAAUAUGUUGCUAGAUACACGCAAGUCACGAAUAUGUUGUUAGACACAUGCAAGUCACAAAUAUGUUGCUAGACACAUGCAAGUCACAAAUAUGUUGUUAGACACAUGCAAGUCACAAAUAUGUUGCUAGACACAUGCAAGUCACGAAUAUGUUGCUAGAUACACGCAAGUCACAAAUACGAGUUAUUACAAAAGUAGAUUCCUGCCAUUGAGUGUCAAGAAAGUACUCCCUUACUUGCUCUGUUUUUUCCCCUUCUAAUGAACAUUCUUAAUACUCAAAGUGAUUUGUGUGUUAGACAACGUAAAGAACACUCGAAUCACUAAGGUUAAGCCCAACACAAUGCAUGACGCCUGUGUUUCACACUCACACGACCAUCUUGUAGCAACCGUGACCCACUUAUUCACUCUCGCUGUCCGCAGCUUCAUCACCGCCAUCCACGACUACGACACCGUCGAUCACCCGUUCAUGACCAACUCGCCGUCCUUCAAGUCCCUGAAGAACGUGUGCCACAGCCUGCUCGCCCUCAAGUCUUCCUGCAACUUCAUUCUCUACUGCUGGUUCUCGGAGAAGUUCUGGACCACCUUCAAGAGGACGUUCUGCCUCCACCACUGCGUCCCCAAGCAGGUGGCCAACGUGCCCAACAGCUGCAACAACAACUACAGCCACAACCUCGCCCACCGGCCGUCGUACAUCACCAAAGUGACCACUUGUUGAGGCAUCACCGCCACCUGGGAUUUCUUGUAGCAUGGAUAGAAAUAGAAAGGCCCUCGUCUUAACCCUGG